AUGAAUGGGCUAUUCGAAAAAUGUUACGCGUAUUUCUUGUGUGAGAAAAAUUCGAGGGUGCUGCGAUUACGUGCUAUGAAGUGUGUGGGGUAUGCGUUAUCGCUGUACGAUAGCAACUUUGUUUUGAGCAGUCUUGAUGCUAUCUUAGCACCUCGACUCGUGGCACUUCGCUCGAUAGCCGAAGGUCAUAUGCCGUCCACAUCAGCUGCACAACAGUCUGUCUCUGAUUUGGAGCAGGAAUGCCUUUUCGAGUUGGGUUUAUUUUCGGCGUUGAUCGCUACGAUCCAACCGAAAUCUGGUGGGUAG